GUGGCAGCGCCGUGUGACGUGAGCUGGCAUUAACUCCCACCUGCUUCCGCGGGUGCCUGGCACGCUCGGCCCCCUCCUCGCCGAACGCACCUUUCACUCAUGUAGUUAGGAAAAGUUAACUUUUCUAUUACCGCACAUUUCACUUAUCCAGAUACUUAAUUACCAUUGUCCCAGGGAAAUGUCAGUGUGACUCAGAGACACUUUCCCAUUAGGAAGAGACAGAUGAAUAUUAAGUUGAGUUGCUGGUGGGUGGGCUGGCUCGCAGCUCCUCUCCCGGGGGACCCUGUCACCCUCCAUUUCCUGGACCCAUGGACGACCCUCUUUCCCAGCUCAGUAGAUCUGUGGCACUUCGCUCUGGGGACAGGAGUAACUCGACCUCCCACCCGGGGCAAAGGGAAGGAACUUUAUUCCAAACGACAUUUCCCUCUGCGUCCUUGGGAUUUGCUCAGUCUCUAACACAUCUCCCUCGUGUGCAAUUACCCUGUGCGGGGAGGUGACUGCACCCCAGGCCGCUGGGUGAAUAUAUACAUAUUCAUAUAAAAAUAAUGGCUUUGGUGUAGAAAUGCUCCACCUCACUGUAUCUGUGGUGCCUGCAUGGCCAUCAGUCCCAGCAGCAAGGGUUAAACUGCCCCAGGGCUGCCCACAGACCCACGCCCAGGGUGUUACGGUCGUUUGCAGAUGCGUUUUAUUCUUCUCAGCUUUGUUCUGUGCCUGCACAGCCCCAGCACACCCCGACACAUCGAGGCGGGGCCGUGGCCGCCCUCUGCCCCUGCGGGGCCUGAGCUCCAUCCCCCCUCGCUGCAGCACUAAGGAUGGAGGGAUGGGUUCCUCUGCUGGCCCUGGGGUGGAUGCAGGGCUCUGCCCUCGCCCCCCACCCCAUGCCCUGCUCCCUUGGUCCCUCCGUGUUGGCACAGCCCCAGCCUGGAUGAGUUAAAAUCCACCUCCAAACAUAAGCUGUGGGGUCCCGACUGCUUUUCAAGGAGCAGGGUGAUGCCGACGGACCUGGUCACCAGCCCUGACAGAGGACCACAGGCUCAGGCUGCCGUGGCUGCUGGGUGCCCAGCAGAGGGUCCCAGCCCUGUCGAUGGCCCCCACUUCCCUCACUAGUGCUGGGAGGGUUGAGUAAGGGGGCACCAGGUCCAGCAGCUGGUGUUCGAGCUGGGAGAACAGCAGGUUGCUGGGAAACAUCCCUCUUGAGCUCCGAUAAAAAUAGCUCCGUCUUCAAGGCAAGAGGACUGGCUGCACUGCCAGCGGCGCAGGGGGUGUGUCUGCACCCACCGGGGUGUGGGGGAUGUCCUAUAGGGUCUGCACCUCACACUGCCAUCCCACACAUCUGUUGUGCCAUGGUGCAGUGGGACAGUGGUGCGGGGGCUCAGGGAUUGCCUGUCACUGCCCCAGUGCUGUUCUUCUUUAUCCCCAAAUCAGACUUGGAAAUGCAUGAGAACAGGAAUCAGGGCUGAGUGGGGAAAGUGGGGGUGUCUUUUUCCCUCCACCCAGCUCCCCCUGCCUCUUUGGCACAUCUCUGUGUUUGUCCUCAUGAGGAGGAAGUUCGGGGAGAUGUGGAGCUCAGGGGAAGCCCUGUGACUCUGAGCCCUGGCAUUGCAGAGGUUGGGGGGUUUCUGUGCAAAGGCUUUUUCACCAGCAGCUAGGCUGGGUGGGUCGGGACAUCCCUAAUCCCGAGGCAUGAAGAUCCUUUCUCCCUUCCCAGCAGAUUUGGAUGGGCUCACUUCUCUCCCCAUCAUCUCCACGAGGACGGUGCCUCUCCCCAGUCUGGGGAGCAGGGUGAGAGGAUGUCCGGGCUUCACCUUUCCCCCCUCCACCCUUCUUGGACAGUAUUUGAAUUUGGUGUCCAGGGGAUUCACACCCCCAGCAGCAAAACCCCUCUGGGACGCAGCUGUGUGGGAAGACGGACAGACCCCAUCCCAGUCCUCUGCCACCUUCCUUCUUUGGGGCACACGUUUCGGCCCCGAGGACCGAGGCCAGGCACGGCGGAGGUCUCCGAGUGGUGGGAUGAGCACCCCGGUCCCCGGGGCGGCCGGGCUGCAGGGAGGCCUCGGCGGUGCGGGCGAACCUGCUCGGGAGGUGGCGGGGAUGCUGCGGGGCUGAUUAUUCACAGCUUCCCUCGCCCCGAUUGGCUCUGCCGCCGCGCACAGCCGGGCCCCGCCGCAGGAGGAGACUCCGUGGCCAUAAAAGCGGGGUGAGAGGCAGGCGGCAGAGAGUCCGGUGGACAACCCGGGCGGCACCGUGGGGACACUUGCCAGAGUGGCCUUGCCACCGAUGACUGGCGCAGCCUGACGCCCGUGGAGGAACACCCAUCAGCCACGACCCGUCCUGACUUGGCGAAGCGGGUGCUCGGCGGGACGGGGAGCAGCGGCAGAGGCCAGAGGCUCCACCACGGCUCUCAAACGUCUGGACCAGCGAUUGUGGUCUGCAGGCAGCAUCUGCAGGGCGAGAUGGCACGGUGGGCACUGGCACUGGCACUCUGCCUGUCCCUGUCUGCGGUGGCAUCUGCCGACUGUGUCACCCAGUGCUCCCUCUGCGCAGCCCAGACCCGCGGUGCCGAGAGCAGCGUCCAGCCCCUGAUGUGCCUGUGGGAAUGCCAGGGCUCCUUGUCACCUGGCCCCGAGUGGGAGAUGUGCAGGAAGGCGCUGGCGCUCCUGGCCCCGCUGGUGGCCCUGGCCGAAGGGACAGACCCGUCACCACAUGAGGCAGAGGAGGCUGAGGUGGAGCCGGAGCAGGGUCUGGGCCCUGCAGAGCUGCCGCUGGCGCCGGCCAAGCGCUACGGAGGCUUCAUGAAGAUGAUGUCCAAGGGGAAGCUGCUGUCCCUGCUCCGUGAGAAUGCUCACAGCAAGGGCGGCCUCAGCAAGAAGUUGGGGGGCUUCAGCCGCAAGCCGGGGGAGCGAGCGGCCCCCGAGGACUACCCGGGGCCGGCAGGGGACGGGGACGAAGAGCCCACGGGUGUCGGGGCCGAGGGGCAGGAGCUGGCGCAGCUGCACAAGCGCUACGGGGGCUUCAUGCGCCGCAUCCGGCCCAAGCUCAAGUGGGACAAUCAGAAGCGCUAUGGGGGCUUCCUGCGGAGGCAGUUCAAGGUGAUCACACGGUCGGACGAGGAUCCCAGCGCCUAUUCAGGGGAGGUCUCAGACCUAUAGAGCCAGGCGUGGGACGGCAGCACCACGGUCCCCACACUGCCACCCCAAUGGUGCCACUGCCCCCAGCCCUGUCCCCUGCCCAGCCCGGUGUGGCUGGUGUCACCCUUGCCUCAUUCCCCCAGAGGACCAUGAGUUCCAUCCCCAGUUAUCCCUCUCUGGGUCACCCGCCCAUCCUGCACGGAGGGGACAGUGCCACUCCUCCGGCUGCUGGUGGUGUGGCCCAGCCCAGGGUUCCCGGGGCAUCUUGCUGGGGACACAGAUCCUCCAUCCUCCCGUGGCUGCUGGAGCACAGCAGGGUCUGGAAACCAUCACCGCUGAGGUACAGGGCAGUGGGCUCCAAGCACUGGGAAGGAUGAGCCAGGGCAGGAUCAGGGAGGUGGCUGCCGUGGACACGGGCAGAGGCGGCUGGUGGAACCACAGCACCAUCACCAGGUGCUCAAGCGGUGCUGAGCCCAGCCCCCACUCCCCUCCCUGAGCCUCUCAGUGUCCCACUAAUCCCAGCACCCUCCUGGUGCCCCUGGGCUGCCCCUCCAAGAACGACUCUAGAGGCAGGGUCAGACUCAUGCCCCCAACACCCAACUCCCCCCCGCAGUCAAUAAAAGGCAGAUGCCAACAAAGCUGAAGCCAUGCUGGGUGCUGAGCCUCCUCUGCAGGGCAGAGCAAGCACCCCAAAUUGGGGUGCCCAAAUGGGCCAGGGGUGCUGGCUGUGAGAGCUGUAGGCAGUGCAUGGUGGUAUCCUUUCUGUGCCAUGAGUGCCAAAAGGAGUGUGGGACCCCAUGCACCUCUGGAGCCAUAUCCUGAGGGUGACAGGGCCAUCUCAGUUGAGCAACAAGUGCAGGGCAGGGAUGCUCAGCCUGCUGCAGAGGCAUGUAGGGUGCUGGCAAGGCAUCUCCUGCAGCAGCAGGCAGAGAGGAUCCCCAUGGGAAUCACAGCUACUGCCCCAGCUGGGAAGGGGCAGUUGUGCUAAAGGCAGUGGGCAAACUGUCCCUUUUCUGCUCAUGUGUGACCCCAUCAGCAGCUCAGUGCUGAGGAAGCCUGGGCAGCAACUUCCCUCUUGAGUAUCUGUGUAGCCCCACAUGGGAGUUCCUGGCUCUGGUGAGACACAGUUCAUGUCUCAGACACAGCCCAGGCACCAGCUCCAGGCUGGGGAAAGGGGUGAGGUCACUGCAGAGCACUGGAACACUCAGCUCACUCACAGCACAGGCUGGAGCCAGCACCCAGCCUGCUUGCACUCCAGUCUGGGCACCCCAGCUCAGCUCCCUGCACCUAGAGAUGCAGCAGGGCCAGCCCCUGGUCAGUCCUUGCCCAUGGGGUGCACUGCUCCCCUCCCUCAUGGUGCCCAGGGGAACCAGCACCAUAGCCCUCAUCCCAGCCUCGACCUCUGCCUUCCUCUUCCCUCCCUCCAGCACAAACUAGAGAGCUGUGCAGGAUGAACCCUCCUCUCCUC